AUGUCUUCCGACGGAACCCAAGGCCCUGUUGAACCACCCAUGCGAUUGGAGCUGCGUGACAUGAUCAAAGAUCACCCGGAUCAGUGGACUCUGUAUCUUCUAGCACUGGAGCGGUUUCAGGCGGUCCCCGAAGACCAGCCUCUUUCUUAUUUCCAGAUUGCUGGCAUCCACGGAAGGCCAGCCAUGAAGUGGCCAGACCAAAAGUGGAAUCGCGCCGAAGGACUCGAUCUAGGACGGGGAUACGGCGGAUACUGUACACACAGUUCAAUUUUGUUCCUCACGUGGCAUCGUCCCUAUCUCGCUUUGUUUGAGGCAAGAUGUGAAUACAUCAAGGCCGCCAGAACCUUCCGAAUGCCAUACUGGGAUUGGGCUCGACCUGAGCUUCCCUUGUUUCCGGAUGAAGCUCUGUCCAGAAGGGAGCAUGUUGUGGAGAGACCCGAGAGCCAGAAGGGAGACACGGACAAGUUUCCUGGCAAGAUCAACCCACUUGCCUCAUACAAGUUUGGGGAGGACGCAGCCAUCGAUCAAUUUACUGCACCAAAACUAGGAGUCAAGGGCAUGAACGUUUCUGAGCGAAUCCUAUUUCUUCUCCAGGGUUACAAGGGCUUUGGAGCUGUGUCAAACAACAGCGAGUUUGGCAAUGGAACUACCGAGAUUCCCUUCAACGAUUGGGGUAGCAUCGAGGAUGUUCACAAUGCUGUCCACGGCUAUAUUGGAGGGGGGUACAUGGGUCGGCCGCCCUUGUCUGCUUUUGACCCCAUCUUCUGGCUUCACCACACCAACAUUGAUCGGCUCUUCGCUAUUUGGCAAGCAUGCAACCCUGGGAAGUAUGUCAUACCGAAGGACUCUACAGAGCCCACUGUCGUUCGGGCGGCAGGGUCAGAAGAGACAGUGGACUCACCCUUGACUCCGUUUGCACAGUCAGUGGCUGCAGAUGGCCAGCAAAAGUUUUGGACAUCAGCCGGAGUGGUAGAUACCAAAACCUUUGGCUACAUCUACCCAGAGACUCAAAGCGUGUUCAACUCCAGGAAGCGUAUUCUUAACGAGGUAGAUCGUCUCUACUUGAAGCGGGCCUCCUUUGCCAACAUUCUCCGAAGUCAACCAGGCGACGUCGAGACGUUGAAACAACUCCAGCAACGCGCAAAGACUCAUCUGAAGUCCGAAGGCACUGCAGCCCCGGAGCUCCCAGCGGGCCGUGAUAUCCAGAAGCUGGCCGUCGGAGGCAAAUAUCUCGAAUGGCUCGUCAACAUCAGGGCUGAAAAAGCUGAGCUGAACGGCAACUACAUUGUCAACAUCUUCCUCGGCGACCCUGAUAGCAACACACUUCCUCUCCUGUACGUGAAAGAUCAUGCUCAUGUCGGAUCAUUCGCCACAUUCGGCCAGGACGAAAACAGCUCCUGUGAUAACUGCAAAAAAGGGCGCGAGGAGAAGCUGAAGAUUACCGGUCAAAUCCCCCUUACUAUCGCCCUGGUUGAGCGGUACUUGGCUGGCCAAGUCGACAGUCUCAAACCUGAGCACAUCACACUUCCUACUGAAGAGUUGAAGUCGCCUGAAGACACAAAGAAUCUCCUCAUCUGCGUUGUAUCCAACGAGGUCACUUUCAAGGCCGAUAAUUCAGAGGUUCCAGAGUAUUCAGACGUGGUCACUUCUUACCCGGAAAUCACCAACGACAUUCCUGAAUCUUUUGGUACUGGGUACGAUGGGAACAACUUCUAG